UCUGGUAAGCAAGUUGCGAUCAAAAAGGUGGCGAGCGCCUUCGAGGACAUGGUAGAUGCCAAGCGUAUGCUCCGGGAGGUGAGGCUUAUGCGCCAAUUCAAUCACCCCAAUGUGGUCAAGUUAUAUGACAUAAUGGAACCUCCUUACAUCGAGGAUUUCGAAGAUUUGUAUAUAGUUACUGAACUCAUGUCAACAGAUUUGCAGAAGAUCCUCUAUUCCAAAACGAAACUUUCAGAAGAGCAAAUGCAGUAUUUGCUCUAUCAGCUCGUAGCGGGCAUGAACUAUAUCAACUCAGCUUCUGUUUUACACCGUGACCUAAAACCGUCAAACUUACUCAUUGACAUCCAGACGUGCAAUUUACAGAUUUGUGACUUCGGCCUUGCACGCGGCACCGCUGGCCAGAAAGACGCAAUAGAGGAUGCACCAGCAACGCAGGGCCUGCCAAUUAUGCAACCCACCCCAGAGGCAGCGAGCACGGAGCAGCAGGAAUACACAGAAUACGUCGUGACUAGGUGGUACCGAGCGCCCGAGAUCAUGCUCGGCUUCCACGCCUACGACCAGGCUAUUGAUAUGUGGUCAAUUGGUUGCAUAUUUGGCGAAAUGCUUCUUUUGCAGCCGGUGUUUCCCGGUAAUGACUACAUUCACCAACUCAAGUUGAUUGUAAAAAUGUUGGGUCGCCCACUGCAGGAAGAUCUUUGGUUUGUUUCCAACCAGAAUGCGAUGAAUUUCAUGCUACAACUCCCCGACUAUAGACCUCAAGUCCUUAAAACCAAAUUCCAUAAUGUGAACAAUACCGAUGCCCUCAGCCUCCUCGCAUUGAUCCUCGUAUUUGAUCCGAAGAAGCGUAUUUCCCUCCACGAUGUUUUUCAGCAUAAAUACAUCGAGGAGUUCCGUGAACACGAGCUUGAGCAAGAUGCAGACUUUCAUGUCAAGAUUGAUGAUGUUGAGACGACAAAAUUAAACAAGAAGAGCCUACAAAGAAUGCUAUACGGUGAAAUCCGGGCUUUUCAUCGCCAGGCACCUCCUGACCAUGGUGUCGAAGAUGAGAUUAAGGACUAA